UUUAACAGAUCCCUGUGAAACUUUAGCUCACAAAUUGUAUAUAUUGGUCUAUUUAUAAUGCAAAUAUCUAAAUUGCACCAAUAUUUAUUUAAGCUGACGUAAUGGGCUGAAUCAAUCUCGGCCUUACUUUGGCUGGUUCAUUCAAUUUGCUUAUUACGAGAAGUAGGCCUACUCCCAUUCGAUAGGCGGCGAUAAAAUGUGUUUUGACAAUACCUCGCACGACCACCAGUCCAGACGCCAGUGUAUUUUUUUCCGGAAUGGUGACUGACAGUCGGAGUAACCUUGUUGUGUUUUACUCUUUACUGGAGAUUAAACUAUAGUUGCACUUGCUGGUUUCGAUACUUUGGGAAGCUAUUGAACUCCAACUGGGUCCAGCUAGAUAGAUUUGGUGUCAGCAAGUUGAUUCAUUCUCUGUUAGCCAAGAUGUCAAAGUUCCAAGACAGUGGAAGUUAGUUGACAGACAAGAAACUAGCUUCUGAAAUAGGUGUAAUUUAUUUAAAGCAUUUUUAGAAGUCAACCAACUAUGUUUCACCUGAAUCUUCCACUUCGCACGCUUGUGAUCUUGGGGUUAUGUCAGUUUGGCCGGCGAGGUUUGGCCUCAGCCCCUGAGCUCAGAGAGCAACCCAAGAAGAUAGCGAUAGUCGGUGCCGGGAUCGGAGGCACGGCAACAGCCUACUUCCUGCGUCAGGAGUUCGGCGAUGGCGUGAAGAUCGACAUCUUCGAGGCCGGCACCGUAGGGGGUCGCCUGGCCACGGAGACGGUUGCCGGGGCGGAAUAUGAGACGGGCGGCGCCAUCAUCCACCCGCUCAACCUGCACAUGAAGCACUUUGUGGAUAAGUUGGGGCUGAGCCCACGUAAGGAUGUGCCCUCUAAGAUGGCCAUCUUCGACGGAAAGGAGCUGAUGUUCGAGGAGAGCGAUUGGUUCAUCGUGAACAUCCUCAAGAUGAUCUGGAGAUAUGGGUUCAACUUCCUGCGCAUGUACAUGUGGGUGGAGGGCGUUCUGGACAAGUUCAUGAGGAUCUACCAGUAUCAGCAGUUUGGCUACGCCUUCUCCAGUGUUGAUAGGCUGCUGCACGCGAUGGGCGGGGACGCCUUCCUCACCAUGGCCAAUCAGACUCUGGAGGAGGCCAUGAUGGGGGAGGGCUUCUCUCAGAGUUUCCUGAAUGACAUCGUGGCCCCGGUGGCUCGCGUCAACUACGGCCAGAGUGUCCGCAUCAACGCCUUCGUAGGUGCAGUGUCUCUGGCGGGGGCGGAUGCUGGGCUGUGGGCGGUGGAUGGAGGCAAUAAGAGGGUGUGCUCCGGCCUCCUCUACAACAGCAAAGCUGAACUCAUACAGGCGCGCGUCAAUGCCAUCGCUCUCAAACACAGACCCUCCAAGACAGGCAACUCUGUCAACCUGUACGAGGUCAACUACGUCAGCCAAUCAGGCUCUGCGCACUCCCUUUAUGACAUCGUCAUCUUGGCCACGCCCCUGCACCAGGGUCUAUCGGACGUGUCGUUCGUGGGCUUCUCCCCGCCCCUGCCGUCCCAGUUCCCGGGCCGCUACCACCAGACGGUGACCACGCUGGUGCACGGCCUCCUCAACGUCUCGUUCCUGGGCAGCAGUGCCGACCCUGCCUCCUUCCUGUACUCAGACAUCCUGACCACCGAGCACAAGCAGCUGGCGAUCAACAGCCUGAGCUCUCUGGACCCUGUCAGCAUACCUGAGGGGUACAAGCGCCCACCCGCCUCGCACCCUGGCGUCUGGAAGGUCUUUUCACCGCAGCCUCUGACCCCCGAGCAGCUGGACGGCAUGUUUCUUCGCCGCGACGGCGUGUGGGAGAAGCGUUGGCUGGCGUACCCGGCGUACCGCCCGCCCCACCGCGGCACGCCGCCCUUCCAGCUGGCCGAGCGCCUCUACUACCUGAGCGGAGUGGAGUGGGCCGCCAGCGCCAUGGAGAUGAGUGCCAUCUCCGCACGCAACCUGGCGCUGCUGGCACACCACCGCUGGCACCACGACACCAGCAAAGUGGACCAGGAGGACCUCCACACUCGCCUGCGGGGGGAGCUGUAGAGACGCGCAAGAGCGGUGCAGACAUAUACAGUAUACUGCCGCUGUAGAGACCGGCAGUAUACUGUAUCGCUGGCACCAGCACGCCAGCAAGGUGGACCAGGAGGAUUUACACCUCCACCUGCAGGGGGAGCUGUAGAGACGCGCAGGAGCGGUGCAGACAUACAGUAUACUGCAGCUCUAGACAUCCAGGAAGGAUAGACUUGCAGUAUACUGUAUGUACCGCUGACACCGGGACGCCAGCAGGAGGAUUUACACACCCUCUUCCUGCAGGGGGAGCUGUAGAGACACGCAGCGUAGAGACAGAGUAUACUGAAGCUGUAGAGCAGCGGUUCUCUAACUUUUUUUUUUCUCUUUUU